AUGGAUAUUGAAUCAAGUCUAUCACCUCCAUCUGUAGCUGUAUACCCACAAACACUACAUUCUUCUAUCGAUCUUCCUCCUACUUUAAGACCUCGGACUUACGAGGAAACAAACAAAAGUAACAAACCGAUCAUGGAUAUAGACAAUGCAAUAUUCAAAGUACUCUCAUUGUACAUCGGUCAAGCAACAGAUUCGGUCAUAGAUACUUCUCUACUACCUCUACCAGUAUUAGCGCCAUUUGCACACAAACAGCAUCGUUACAGUCACAAUAAGUACAAUAAACACCUGCAGCGUUCUGGAACGGCGACAAACAAGAGCAAUUCUCCAAUUACAUUACUCAGAACACGUAGAACAAAUAAAAGUUGGUUAGGUGAUCAGUUAUACAAUACAGGCAUCGACGAUAACAAAGGGAUGAAGAAUAUGAACGAUCUUAUACUAGAAAGAAAUACGUUUAAAAACUCAUUGACAGUGAUGGAGAAUGAUGAUAAGAUGACGACUACCGCAACAAUGGCAUUAAGAUCCAAAAAGAAAAGCAAAAAGAAAACCGUUUCUUUCAAUGAAACGAGUUUAAGAGUCGAACAACGGAUUGCUGGUAUUUCAGUCUCUUCGAAAAAUUUGAUGUUGAAUACGUCUAUGUAUUUUGUGCGCAACAUCGACAAUUAUGUCGACGACGGUUUUAUACGGCCACUCACUCUUCCAUUUGUAGUUUUGUUGGGCACCGCUCCAGAAGCCAUCUUUGGCCACCCAUUCGGUCAAUUGACUCUUAUUCAAGUUUCCAUUGCUGUUCAAGAAUUUCAAUGGUUUUAG